CACACACACCCCCCUUUGGCGGCCUGUUCUUCCCAAAAAUAUUAUUUCUCUCCUGCGAUUGCCUGGCUUCCAGCCGGACCACGUCGCCCCUCCCCUUACAAGCCGGCCACCGAAAACCCCUCCCAGACAUCUUUUUUUUUUCUUUGCUCUCUCUUUUUUUUUUCUCUCAUACUACAUACUCUCCCUUGACUUGAUCCAACAACGCACAUUUUCAAACCUCUCUUUUUUUAUUCUCGUUUUGCUUGCUUGCUACAAGCCCGUUCAAGGCACCUCACUUCCCCUCCGCGUCAUUACCCACGCGAGGCAGUGUCGCCGCUCAUCCCUGCCGCCAAUUCCACUCUACGCAACGAGUGGUCUCCCGUCUGUCGCCUCGCGUCACCGAGAGCAUCUAGCAUCAAGCCGUUGGGCAAAUGGCCUCAUCAAAAGUACGAUUUACUACAACCUGAUUCCACAGAGGCUGCCCUUCUUGGCUUGGUAUCGCUCCCGUAAGGACGUUGUUUUGGCUGACCAUGGAUUCUUCGUCCCUGCAGGAGAUGCAGUACGCCUCUAGGCCCAUCGCGCACCAGCGCCCUUCCCUCUCGACUCCCUCCAACUCUCUCCCGAACCGAUCCUCUCACGCUCGAAACAACUCGCAUUCUCUCCUCUCCGGUUCCCUCAACCCUAACCACCGGGUCACGCGCCGCAAGUCCGUCACCAACAACGCCCCCAACGUCGCCGCCCUCACGGCCGUCAUUGCCGAUUCCGAACGCUCCGCUGCCAUUCCCAUCUCCAAUGGAGCCCGACGAAACACAAUGAGCAAGUCUGCCGCUAUGCGGGCAUCCAUUGCGGCCAGCCUGCCCUCCCCACCCGCCAGCCUGCCCAUCCAGCGCGCCAAUAUCGACAGUGCUAUCGACGACGAUUCCAACGGCCCCUCGGACGAAGAAGGCACCGAUUUCAAGAGUCUCUCGGCUCGCCGUGCCAGCGACGGCCAGCCUCUGUCCAAGGAGGGCAAAAAGAACCGCGUCGAAGUCAAGUGUGACCAAUGUGGAAAAAGCUACAAGCACAGCAGUUGCCUGACCAAGCACUUGUGGGAACACACUCCCGAAUGGUCGCUCACCUCAAAGCUCCUCAUCUCGAAACACCAGCAGGUCCAACUCCUUGAGGCUGCCUCUGUCCUGGUCGCCAUGAACGGCCCUGUCAAGGAGGCCGACGCUGCCACGCCUCCUGAAUCGACAAAGGACUCUGCCAGCGAGCCCGACUCAGCAUCCCCCGCGGCAUCGGGUUUCUCGGAACACGGCGAUCGCCAGUCUUCGGUCGAGACAACCCCUCCUCCGUCGCACGAUGGCAACUUGUUCAACGGGCUCUCGUACCGCGAGAAGCCUCAAGAGCAAAUCACCUUUUCCAGAAGCUACCACCCCACUACUACCAACAACAGCUCGCUUCUCUCCGGUGGCAUGCCCUGGACCGGCGACCGUCGCCCAUCGUCUGGCCAAAACCUUACCGGAAAGGACGACCGAGAUUUGGCUGCUGCUGUGGAACUACUGAGCUGCAGCUUUAACAGCAACAAUGGAUCGCAGGGCACCGUCAUCAUGCACAAGGAUGCACCACCAGUCCCUGCCGUCCCCGCCCAGUUUCUUGACCAGGCUACAUCUCUCUCCAAGAGCUUCAUCAACAGCUUUCCCAGCCGCCAGCCCGAGAGCUUCACCCGCGGUGAACUGCGACGCGGAAGCGAAGAUGUCAAGAUGGAGGAAACCAACGAAUCCAUGACGGACGAUGACGAUGUGGAGGCGAGAUCACGAACAGCACGAAGCGAUGAAGAUGACGAUGGAGUAUUUGGCCGAAUGGAGGAGUAAGGGGGAGCGGCGUCUUUUGUUUUUGUUGCAUAUAAUGUUGUGUACGCAGCAUCAUCAUCUCCAGGAGUCAGGCAUGGAUGGACCAGUAUUGUUUUUUUCUUUUUCUUCUUUUUUUGGAUUGACACCAGCCGUUUUCAUGAUUGGGAGCGGCUUGGUGGCCAUGGCGCGCGGACUGAUUUUUCUUUUGUAUAACGAUAUAUAUCCCCAAACCGAGUACGUGGUGGUUUGGCUCCGCCGACAUGCUUUGACACCGAAGAGUGGAGAGCCCGCUUGCUGGAAGAGCCAUUGUCUUUGCGAUGCAUCAUGGCAUCUGAACAGGGACAGAGUUUGGCGAGCGCGAUUGCAUCUCCACGAGGUUAAAGUCAAGGGAUGGAGGGGCGUCGAGCGGACGCUGCCGUGCUUAUAGUACUACUAGUAGUAACAUGCUACCAUAACCCAAAUACACGCAAUUGUAUAGCUAUGCUUGUCUAGAUUUUCUAUCCAGUGACUUGUACAGCAGGAAUGGAGAUUGGCCAAAUUUCCCUAGCGCUGACUAGACUUGGUCGUGCCUUGCUCGCUAAUUUAGUGGGCUUUUUUUUUUAACUUGCGUCGUCAUUCCCAUUUGGCGGCAGACCGGCAAGUGAUUUGCGCCCCAGUGACGCGCUUCCCUCCGC